AUCAGCUGGGCCGCCGAGGACGCCCAGGGCAACCACUCGUCGGAGCACGCCUUCUUCUCCCUGGAUUACCAGCACGUCCAGGUGCCCUUUGAAAUCACGCUCUGGAUCAUGCUGGCGUCCUUGGCCAAAAUAGGGUUCCACCUCUACAACAAGCUGCCUUCCGUCGUUCCCGAAAGCUGUUUGUUGAUAUUUGUGGGACUCAUCAUGGGGGGAAUCAUCUAUGGAUUCAAUGAUAGGUCACCGCCAGUGAUGGACAGCGACAUCUUUUUCCUCUACCUCCUGCCCCCCAUCGUGCUGGACGCCGGCUACUUCAUGCCCAGCCGCCCCUUUUUCGAGAACAUCGGCACCAUCCUGCUCUACGCGGUGGUGGGCACCAUCUGGAACGUGUUUGGGAUCGGCUUUUCCCUCUACGGGAUCUGCCAGGUGAAAGCCUUCCGGCUGCAGGACGUGUCCCUGCUGCACAACCUCCUGUUCGGCAGCCUCAUCGCCGCCGUGGACCCCGUGGCCGUGCUGGCCGUCUUCGAGGAGAUCCACGUCAACGAGAAGCUGCACAUCCUGGUUUUUGGGGAAUCGCUCCUCAACGAUGCCGUGACCGUGGUGCUCUACAAGCUCUUUCGCUCUUUCUGUGAGAUGCCGACCAUCAAAAGCGUGGAUGUUUUUGCCGGAGUUGGAAAAUUCUUCGUGGUUGGGCUGGGAGGAAUUUUAGUGGGGCUGAGUUUUGGGUUCACUGCUGCCUUCACCACGCGCUUCACCAAGGACAUCCGUGUCAUCGAGCCCCUCUUUGUGUUCCUGUACAGCUACCUGUCCUACCUCACCGCAGAGAUGUUCCACCUCUCCGGGAUCGUGGCCAUCAUUUCCUGUGCCAUGGGCAUGAAGCGUUACGUGGAGGCCAACAUCUCCCUAAAGUCCCACACCACAGUCAAGUACUUCAUGAAGAUGUGGAGCAGUGUGAGCGACACCCUCAUCUUCAUCUUCCUCGGAGUUUCCACCAUUGGAGAAAACCACGAGUGGAACUGGCCCUACAUUUGCUUCACAGUUAUUUUCUGUCUCGUUUGGAGAGCGCUUGGGGUUCUUGUGCUGACUUUCUUUGUGAACAGAUUCCACGUGAACACCAUCACCAGUAAGGACCAGUUCAUCAUUGCCUACGGGGGGCUCCGAGGGGCCAUUUGCUUCUCUUUGGUUUUCCUGCUGCCUGACUUCCACAGGAAGAAGCUCUUCAUUGCAGCAACAACUGUUGUCAUCCUCUUCACCGUGUUCGUGCAGGGAAUGACCAUCCGUCCCCUCGUGGACCUGUUGGCUGUCAAGAGGAAAAGGGAGAGUGCUCCCACGGUGGGAGAGCAGAUCCACAUCCGGUUCUUGGAUCACUUGCUGGCUGGCAUUGAAGAUAUAUCUGGACACUGGGGACAGUAUUACUGGAAAGACAAACUGGAAUAUUUCAACAGCAAAUACCUGCAGAAGAUCCUGCUGAGGGAGUACGACCAGCCCAAGUCCAGCAUCGUGCUGCUCUACGAGAAGCUGGAGCGCAAGCACGCCAUGGAGCUGGCCCAGGCUGGGCAGCUGGGCCACGGCCUCGCCCCCCCCUCCUUCCUCAGCAGCGACAGGACUGUCAUAACAGACCAGAAACUGGAGGACACUCCAAAUCCUGAUGUCCUGGACAACAUGCAGGAAAUAUUGGCGAGGAACCUGUACCGGAUCAGGAGGACGGGCCCGGCGUACAACAGGCACACCCUGCCCGGGGACAGCGAGCCCGCCGAGCAGGCCAAGGAGAUCCUGAUCCUGCGGCACAAGAGCCUGCUGGUGGAGGUGGCCGGGAGCGACACCUGCAGCUCCAGGAAGGAGAAGGAGGACGCGUGCUCGGCGCAGGGCGAGGCCAGCCCCCAGCCCAAGCUCUGCCGCUCCUUCACCGUGGGGAACACGGAGAAGGUUCGGGAAGUGAAGGAGAGCCGGUCCCAGUCCGUGUGUGCCAUCCCCCCGCCCCAGCCCAGCGGCACGGGGGUGAAAGAGCUGACUCUGGACAUGUACAAACACCAGGGAUGCUCCGGCUCCCCGUGAGGGAGGGCUGCUGGAUGUGUAGAUAAUGUAAAUAUGCACGUUGGGAAGGACAGUGGUGGAAUAUCCAGAGAGGUUUGCAUGGAAGGUCACUCUUGUUGCCCAGUGUUGGGUUUUCGGUGGGAACUGAGGGCAAAGAUGCCCAGCUGAGCAUCAGCAAUGCCAGGGAAUGGCUGAGGGGGCAUUUCUAAGGAAUUUCUAGGAAAAAUCAGCCUGUUCAGUCUGGGAAAGUUGCUGAAACUGUGUACAACUGCAAGGAAGGAUAUUUUAAUAAGGUGAGAUAUGGGAUCUUCUCAUUAGUUUUCAGGGAUAGGUUAAACAGCAGGGAGCAUUUGGAUUAUAGGUUGGGAAAAACUUGAUAAUCUCAAAGAAGGUUUUAUUAGGGGGUGGAGGAAAGAGCAGAAACAGCAACAGAUUUCUUCUUCUCCUCAGGAACUGAUGGAUCCUGACUAUAAGCAUUAAUCUCAUGAAGCCCAAAGUUAAAUGACAUAGUUAAGUAAGGGGCUGUGUCUUACCUCAGGGAUUGUCCCACACCCAGCCACAAUUCUGCUAAUGAAAAACUAUUGCAGCUGAGUUAAAAGGGCAAAAUAUGUUCUUACUGGUUUUUGAAAAUUUAUGUAAGGAAUGAUUCACCUCAAAGUUAAAAUGAGGAGGCUCCACACCCAGUGGUGAUAGCAGGAGAUGAGGUUGACAGCCCUUAAAUAAAUAGGAAAGGUUUCUGACGUGGUUGGUUGGUUGCACUAAUCCUGCAAAGAUAUUUUGGGAUGAUCUGUGCUGCCACAGCUGGGAGCUGUGGGUUUAGAGGGGUUUGAAAGUGCCAA